AUGUUGCAGCAUCGCACUGAAGAAAUUAAUGUGGAUCUUGAUUCCGACAAUGCUAUUAUGGUUGAUAUCUCCGAUGCACUCUCUGAGAGGGAUAAGGUGAAGUACACGGUACACACAAAGACUCGUCUUCAAGGCAUGCGCGCUGAGACGUCGGUGGUUCGGGAGCAUGAGGAAUUUCUCUGGCUCCACAGUGUGCUGGAUGAGAACGAGAGCUAUGCUGGUUUCAUUGUCCCACCGGCUCCUCCACGCCCUGAUUUUGACUCGUCACGAGAGAAAUUGCAGAAGCUUGGUGAAGGGGAGGCGACCAUGACAAAGGAGGAGUUUCUGAAAAUGAAGCAGGAGCUUGAACAGUACGUCAAGAAUUUAGAGCGGACUAUCUCGCCUCAGUUCAAAAAAACUGUCGCUAUGCAUGAAGUGUUUCUGCAAAGGAUUGCCGCUCAUCCGGUGUUUCGGCAAGACUCCAACUUCCGCAUCUUUUUACAAUAUGAAGACGAAUUAUCCGUUCGUGGCAAAAACAAGAAAGAAGUGGUGGAAUCGUUAUGGAAGCGACUAACACAAUCGGCAGAUGAAGUUCUUCUCUCUGGGCAGAGGGAUGUGGACGACUUCUUCGAGAAUGAGCGCAAUUAUCUCGUGGAGUACAAUACUCACAUAAAGGACGCUGCAGCGAAAGCCGAAAAGGUCGUGAAGUUACGGAAGAGUGAGUAUUUAAACCUA